UUGCCUUGAUUUCACGACAUUAAUUCAUGUACUUGUUCUUUGUGUCGCGUGCAAGCGAAUGGCCUAGUAAUUAUAACACUGAUCAGUAAGUAAGUGAGUCAACCAUACAACUGACCGGCGUGGCUUCAGCCUCGAGGCAGGUGCACGGGACGACAAAGGCAUGGUAAUGGUACCGCUCUCACGGCAUAUUGCGAGCGCCCGAACACAAAGGACCAUCCGGAGUCGCGUCUCUCUUCUGUCGUCGCACUCACCUGUGCAUCCCCAUCGCCUAUCCCCCGUCGUCGUAUCGCGCACGAUUGAAAUGCAUCCGCCGUCGGCAGUCAUGACACUCGACUCCGAGAUUGCUGAACCUGCCGCUUCAAUUAUGCAGCCCAACGCCACGCAAAGCAUGGGCUCCCUUCAGCCCUCCGACGCGACGUCGCGGCGGAAUGUCUAUAAGAAACCAGUUCCGAGGUAUCCUCCAGGGAUACCUAUUCACAAUGCCGCGCAAAGCACGGGAUUUCCUCAGCCAUCCAACGCGACGUCACAGCAGGCGGCCGGACAGAAGGAAGUCCCUCGGUAUCCUCCAGGGAUACCAAUUCGCCACGUCAUGCGGGGCAUGGGCUCCCUGCAGCCCUCCGAUGCGAUGUCGCGACAGGAGGCAGAGAAGAAGCCGAUUCCAAGGUAUCCUCCGGGGAUACCCAUCCCCGCUAAUCGCCGCGGACAUCAUCGCCAGGAAUCAAUGAAGUUCUCAUCUGCGAACUCUUGGAGUUCAAAAACAGUUACGACGGAAAACAACCUAUCGCAGCGUGUUCCCUUGUCCGUUGACACACACAACUUCUCCGAUGGUGCAUUCAUUGCCAGGAGUUCAGCUCCGGCAGAACCGUCUUUCCAUACUGGUACUAUUCUGAAUUCAGUAUGGGUCGAUACUCCACGCGUCGGGCUGCAGCAUACGACGCACACGACGACCGGCCUUCUCGAGCCUUUCAGGAACGGAGGCGACAUCCUCAACCCUGCGUGGGUCAACAACCCGUGCGUAGGUCAGGGCCAGGUAGCCGGCGCGCACGCGCACCUACUCGAGGCCUUCAGACUCGAUCCUACCCGCGACCCAGCAUACGCAGGAGGCCUGUGCAGGUGGGGCGACAGAGCAGCGCCACGAGGCGUGCCUCCCAAGUCCCCGAUCUACGAGUACGGUCAAUCGGACGAAUAUGACUGGGCUGUCGCAGUCAGUACGUACGACCACCUUCACCUCGAAGACACGCGGUUCGCAAUGGACUUCUUGGAUAUGUGGAAGUACGAGUCGGAGGUCUUCAGAGAGUUGAACGAAAAGUGGGUCCGAGAGGCGCUGGUCGCGGACGAACGGCCGGAGGAAGAACCCAUAUUGCUCAAGGAAAUUCACUUCGACGGGAGCACGGGGUUGCUCCUGGCCAUGGCAGGCGAUGCUACGGCGGACGGACGUUCCGGAGGCACGUCGUCCAGUGAAUUCCCAUCGUUGCCGGUCCUGGACGACAUCAUUCCGGGGCUUGUCGGCUUGGGCGAGACGUUCGAGGAGGAGCGACGAGGCUGAACUCGACAAUGUUGGUCGACAAGGAGUGGAGAGAAGGGAGCUGUUG